ACGUAUACACUCUCUCAAAAUACUACUCUCCUUGGAUUCUCUCUUAAAACUUCCUUUAUCAUACAGCACUGCUCCUCGGGUUCUCUUUGUUAUCAUUCCCAAUCUCUCGUAAGAUCAUUACUCAGAAGCUUAAAGCUUAUCACAUCAAUGACGGAGACCUCUGGUAGAAAGCUCGUAGUUGAGGUCUGCAAUGCCAAGAAUCUGAUGCCAAAAGACGGCCAAGGAACCGCAAGCGCUUAUGCGAUUGUGGAUUUCGACGGCCAGAGGCGGCGAACCAAGACCAAGUCCAGAGAUCUAAAUCCCCAGUGGGACGAGAGGCUCGAGUUUAUUGUUCACGACACAGAGACUAUGGCAUCCGAAGUCUUAGAGAUCAAUCUGUAUAACGAUAAAAAGACAGGGAAGCGAAGCACUUUUCUGGGCAAGGUUAAAAUAUCAGGAGGCACUUUUGUGAAGUCCGGUUCUGAAGUGCUUGUGUAUUAUCCUCUGGAGAAGAGGAGCGUCUUCUCUCAGAUUAAAGGCGAGCUUGGGGUCAAGGUUUAUUAUAUUGAUGAAGAUCCGCCGGCUGCCGAUGCCGCAGCUGCAGAGCAAAAGACUGAAGCGGCGGCGCCGGCGGCUGAGGAAAAGCCACUGGAGAAUUCAGCGAAAGAGGAAGAGAAGAAGGAAGACAAAGCUGAAGAGAAAAAAGAAGAUGAGAAGCCGGCAGCUAAAGAAUCUAAGGAAGAGGAAAAGCCAAAGCCAGCAGAACCUGAUCAAGCGAAACCAGAGGAAGCUCCGGCUGAACCUGCUCCGGUCCCACCACCGCCUGAGGUGGACCAGCCGAUAGCUCAUACGGAGAAACCGAAGCAGCAACAGCAGAAGGAGAAGCAAGGCGAGAUACAAAAGCGUCCUGAUCUCGGCGUGAAUGACAUUGAACUCCGAUCUCUGAGCAGCGAUCGAAGCCGUAGCACUUAUGAUCUCGUGGAUCGAAUGCCAUUUCUCUAUGUACGGGUUUUAAAGGCCAAACUAACCAAACCAGGGCCUGGAACCUCGGUUUAUGCUAAGCUCGUGAUUGGAACCCACAGUAUCAAGACCAGAAACGAAACUGACAAAGAUUGGGAUCAAGUCUUCGCAUUUGACAAAGAAGGUCUUAAUUCGACGUCAUUGGAAGUGUCUGUGUGGUCGGAGGAGAAGAAAGAAGAUAAUCAGUGCACAGAAAGUUGUCUGGGAACUGUCUCCUUUGAUUUGCAGGAAGUUCCAAAGAGAGUACCCCCAGACAGUCCUCUGGCUCCACAAUGGUACACUCUGGAAUCAGAAAAUUCUCCGGGAAAUGACGUCAUGGUCGCUGUGUGGAUUGGAACCCAGGCAGAUGAGGCGUUCCAGGAAGCGUGGCAAUCAGACUCGGGCGGGUUGAUACCAGAGACCCGAUCAAAGGUUUACCUGUCUCCAAAGCUCUGGUACCUAAGGCUAACGGUCAUCCAGACCCAGGAUUUGCAAAUAGCUUCGGGAACCGAGCCUAAGGUUCGGAGGAACCCAGAGCUUUACGUGAAGGCUCAGUUGGGGGCCCAAGUGUUCAAGACGGGAAAGACAUCGGUGGGCCCGUCAUCAUCCAGCUCAGCUAAUCCGACUUGGAAUGAUGACCUCAUUUUUGUGGCCGCCGAGCCUUUCGAGCCGUUUCUGCUGGUGACCGUAGAGGAUGUGUCUCAUUCCCAAACAGUGGGGCAAGCCAAAAUACACGUGUCUUCCAUCGAGAGGCGAACAGAUGAUCGAACGGAGGCAAAAUCAAGAUGGUUUAAUCUGGUUGGGGACGAGAACCGCCCAUACGCCGGAAGAAUCCACGUUCGAGUGUGCUUGGAAGGGGGCUAUCACGUGAUAGACGAGGCUGCUCACGUGACCAGUGAUGUUCGGGCCGCAGCCAAGCAACUAGUUAAGGCUCCGAUAGGCAUGCUGGAGGUCGGGAUUCGCGGGGCCACUAAUUUGCUGCCCGUGAAGACCAAAGACGGAACUCGGGGCACCACCGAUGCCUACGUGGUAACCAAAUAUGGGCCAAAGUGGGUCCGAACUCGCACCAUCUUAGACAGAUUCAAUCCACGUUGGAAUGAGCAGUACACUUGGGACGUGUAUGACCCCUGCACGGUGCUCACAAUAGGCGUGUUUGAUAAUGGGAGGUACCAGCAUGAUGAAUCAGGGAAGCCCAACAAAGACGUGCGAAUUGGGAAAAUCCGAAUACGUCUAUCCACGCUGGACACAAACCGAGUGUACAUGAAUAGUUACUCCCUCGUUACAAUCUUGCCAAGUGGUGCCAAGAAAAUGGGAGAGAUCGAGAUUGCAGUAAGGUUUUCGUGUUCCUCCUGGUUAAGCUUGAUGCAGGCCUAUGCAAGCCCGAUUCUUCCAAGAAUGCACUAUGUGAAGCCAUUCGGCCCCGCCCAACAAGAUAUCCUACGUCACAUGGCUAUGCGCAUCGUCACCGCUCGGCUUGCGCGAUCCGAACCGCCUUUGGGUCAAGAAGUGGUUCAGUUUAUGUUGGACUCAGACAACCACGUGUGGAGCAUGAGGCGGAGCAAGGCUAAUUGGUUCCGGGUCGUGGGUUGUUUGUCGCGGGUAGCAACGGUGGCGCGGUGGCUUGACGGGAUUCGCACGUGGGUGCAUCCCCCCACCACAAUUCUGGUGCACGUUUUGUUGUUGGCAAUUGUGCUGUGUCCCCAUUUGGUGCUCCCCACAGUAUUCAUGUACGCCUUCUUGGUCUUGAUCUCCAGAUUCCGUAACCGACGGAGGGUCCCGCAGAACAUGGACCUAAGGAUAUCUUACGUGGACGGGGUGAGCUUGGACGAGCUUGACGAAGAGUUUGAUGGGUUCCCCAGCACGAGAUCUGCGGAGCAAGUUCGGAUCCGGUACGAUAGGCUGAGGGCAUUGGCGGGUCGGGCGCAGACAUUGAUGGGUGACUUGGCAGCACAAGGGGAGCGUUUGGAGGCACUGUUUAAUUGGCGGGACCCAAGAGCUACGGGGAUAUUUGUGGUGUUUUGUUUAAUGGCAUCGAUGGUGUUCUAUGUGGUGCCAUUUAAGGGGUUUGCAUUAGGUGCCGGGUUUUAUUACUUGAGACACCCAAGGUUUAGAGGUGAUAUGCCGUCGGCUCCUGCAAACUUUUUCCGGCGGCUUCCCUCAUUUGCUGACCAAAUUAUGUAAGGACGAUGAUAUGUUAGGUGGCACGGUUUUUUUGGGGCGGCUACUA